AAAAAGGAGUGGCGUCGCUUUAGCUUGUAGGAGGGAGCGAUAUUAAACAAGGGACACUUCCUGCCCACGAGCUCAGUUCCUGUACCACACGGUGGAGAAGAGGAAUGGCAGAGAAUAGCUCCGAUCUCAGCGGCUCCGGCUGUCGGAGGUGUUCCGUCCAUUCUCCCGGAGAAAGAACGCAGACGUCCGCCAUCGGGGCAUCCAAGUGGGUCCGCUUGAACGUGGGGGGCACGUAUUUUUUGACCACGCGACAGACCUUGUGCCGAGAUCCGAAAUCUUUCUUGUACCGACUGUGCCAGGCCGACCCCGACCUCGACUCCGAUAAGGAUGAAACUGGUGCCUAUUUAAUAGACAGAGACCCCACAUACUUUGGUCCAGUGCUUAACUAUCUGAGGCAUGGCAAACUGGUCCUCAACAAAGACCUGGCAGAGGAAGGUGUGCUGGAAGAGGCCGAAUUCUACAAUAUCACAUCAUUGAUAAAGCUCAUCAAAGACAAGAUCAGGGAACGGGACUGCAAAACAUCACAGGUGCCUGUAAAGCACGUCUACAGAGUCCUGCAGUGCCAGGAAGAGGAGCUCACACAGAUGGUCUCCACCAUGUCCGACGGCUGGAAAUUUGAGCAGCUUGUCAGUAUAGGUUACGGGCGGGACCACCAGUCAGAGUUUCUGCUGAUUGUGUCCAGGGAGGUGAAGGGAGAGGAGACCGGUUUCCCCAACCGCAGCGGCGAGCUGGUCAGCAUUGGCUCCUCCUAUAACUAUGGGAAUGAAGACCAGGCGGAGUUCUUGUGCGUCGUCUCCAAGGAGCUGCACAACCAAUCAUACGGCACGAGCAGCGAGCCAAGCGAGAAGGCCAAGAUUCUUCAAGAACGCGGAUCCCGAAUGUGAAGAGACAGUAUUAAACCCUAAGAAUUUUGUUCUGCUAUGAGCUCCAGGUAUAAAGACACAAACAUAUCACAGAUGACGGGGAGCAUUUUGCAAGAUGGAAGAGAAGUUACUUUGGGGCCUACAUCCUCUUUUUCCCUCAUUUUUAUUGUGUAUAACAAGUCCACUUAGUGACUUUUUGUGCCUGUACAGUAAAACUGGACUGAUCUUUUUUUAAGCAAAUGGAAAGAAGAUUUUUUUUCUUUUCAAACUCAAAUGCAGGAAAUAUGCAUGUCAUUUGUAGUAAGCUGAGCAAAGACGGUCUUACAGAAAUACAUGGCCAAUGACUUACUCAGGGUCUCCCAUUGUUCACUUCUUGUUUUUUUUUUUUUAGGUGCAUUAACCUUCCUACUCUAAGGUCUUGUAAGGGAUUUUUUAAAGGUGUAUAUGAUUGCGUCUGCCAGGCCUACACCUCCAAAACCCAAAUGAUUUCAAGAGAAGGAGGUCUCACAGGUUUCAAUCAAAUAGAGGACUGAGUGUUGAGACUCUAAAGAAAAAGGGACUUGUGUAGAUGUAUAGUUUGAGGGUUACGAUAAAAUGGGUUGGGGAUGGUGCUUUGGGUUUUAAAAUAUCCACUAAAAAUAAAUUACAAGUUUUGUUUAGAAAUGUUAAUUCUCACACAUUCUUCUUGAAAGAAGAGGGGGUGCCCAUCUUCUUUUUCUUGGUAUAGUCUUUAGUUUUGGAAAGAGGAUUUUUUUUGUACAGUGGUGGGGUUUGGGAAAUGGUGAAGGGAUGCUUUGAAGAUUUUUCCUAUCCUAUCUAUGUUUAUGAUGUUAAAUUGCAAAGAACAAAAAAUGGGUUUGAUUUGAACUUUGGAACUGCACGUUUUGUAUACUGUGGCAUAAACUUAAAACAUUAAGUUGUACUGGAGCUAUUGAAAUGCGAGUGUCUUAGACACUGAUAUAUAUUGACCUUCUACACGUUUUAGUCAUGGUUUGUUUGUACAUAAGUCUCUGUAUAUUGAGAUUUACAAAUCACGGCAGACUUCAUAUGCCUAUGAUGGUGAUUUUUUGUUUUAUUAAACAUUUAAUUGGAAAGGUUAUGCUUUCCAGUGACACGAUUUUAUCUUGGCACAGACAUCGACUGUUAGGCUGGUUCUGCUGUAAAAUGUUUUUAUUUUUUCAUUUUUAUUGAAAGAUGAAUCCCUUUGUGUCUUGCAUGAUUGCACACGCUCUGAAUGAGGGUGUGUUUGUCUGCGUAGAUAUUUUAUAUACACCCAUCAGAACAUUGCAGUGUAAAGUAAAGCUUCUCAAUAUUGCUCUGUAUGUAGACAAAAAAACACACUAUAAAGCUUGGCUCAAGACUGCAGCACAGUUUGCAAACAUGCAAGUUAAAGCACUGAGCUCAGAUAUUUUAGUAAUACAUUUUUUAUCAUUUGCUCAGGCCUAACCUGUGAUGUGUGUGUGUGUGUGUGUGUGUG